CAAUACAGUCUACAGCCACGCUAGCAGCUCCGCAACGCUAUAGUCCGGCACACCGGUCCAUGGAGCUGAAUGCUAACCUGCUGGUUUUUAGCAGGCUACUUGUGUGUGUGUGUGUGUGUGUGGAGGACAUACAGCAGCAUGGCCAGCCGUGUGGAGCAUCCUGCUGCGGGCUACAGGAAGAUCUUUGAGACAGUGGAGGAGCUGAAUGAACCUAUACCUGCUAAGAUCACUGGUGUUAUACCGUCGUGGCUGGGUGGCAGUCUUCUCAGGAUGGGUCCAGGUCUUUUCGAGGUGGGAGAUGAACCUUUCCAUCACCUGUUUGAUGGACAGGCUCUCAUGCACAAGUUUGACCUGAAGGACAGUCAGGUGACCUACCACAGGAAGUUUAUCAAGACGGAUGCAUAUGUUCGUGCCCUGACAGAGAACAGAGUAGUCAUCACUGAGUUUGGCACAGCAGCCUACCCUGACCCCUGCAAAAACAUCUUCUCCAGAUUCUUUACUUACUUCAGAGGCAUUGAGGUGACUGAUAACUGUGUAGUGAACAUCUAUCCGAUCGGUGAAGACUUCUAUGCUGUCACAGAGACCAACUACAUCACUAAGAUUGAUCCUGAUUCGCUGGAGACUUUACAGAAGGUGGAUCUGUGCAAGUACCUCUCAGUGAAUGGGGUGACUGCCCACCCCCACAUUGACACAGACGGUACAGUCUAUAACAUCGGUAACUGCUUUGGCAAGAACCUGAGUCUGGCUUAUAACAUUGUCAAGAUCCCACCUGCUCGGAAAGAUAAGUCAGAUCACCUACAGAAAUCCCAGGUUGUGGUUCAACUACCGAGCAGUGAGAGGUUAAGACCCUCCUACAUACACAGUUUCAGUAUGACAGACAACUAUUUUGUGUUUGUGGAGCAGCCAGUGAAGAUCAACCUGCUCAAGUUUCUGUCGCCUUGGAGCAUCAGAGGAACAACAUACAUGGACUGCUUUGAAUCCAACGAGAGCAUGGGGACGUGGUUCCACCUGGCCACUAGGGACCCAGCAGGUUAUUUGAGCAGCCACAAGUUCAGAACGUCAGCUUUCAACAUCUUUCACCAAAUUAACGCCUAUGAGGACCAGGGAUUCAUCGUGGUCGACCUCUGCACGUGGAAAGGUCAUGACUUUGUGUAUAAAUACCUGUACAUGGCCAACCUGAAGGAGGAGUGGGAGGAAGUGAAGAAAGCAGCAAUGGCAGCUCCUCAGCCUGAAGUCAGGCGAUACGUACUGCCGCUGGAUAUACACGGGGAAGAGCAGGGAAAGAAUCUGGUAUCUCUGCCCUACACUACAGCAACAGCUGUUCUUCACAGUGAUGGCACCAUCUGGCUGGAACCUGAAGUCCUCUUUUCUGGACCAAGACAGGCCUUUGAGUUUCCACAGAUUAACUACUCUCGGUGUCGUGGGAAGAAGUAUUCCUUCGCUUAUGGCCUGGGACUCAACCACUUCAUCCCUGACAGGAUAGUCAAGCUGAACGUACAGACCAAAGAGACCUGGGUGUGGCAGGAGGAAGACUGUUACCCAUCAGAGCCGGUGUUUGUACCAACACCCGAAGCUACAGAGGAGGAUGAUGGUGUGCUGCUGAGUAUCGUGGUGAAGCCCGGUGCAGACAGACCAGGUGUUCUGCUGGUGCUGGAUGCCAUGAAACUAACAGAGCUGGCCAGGGCGGAGGUCAACACCAUCAUCCCUGUGACACUCCACGGCAUGUACAAACCAUGACCCUGACCUUCAUCCCAACCCGGCCAAGACACAUCCUAAAGUAAUUAUUAACUCUAGCUUAGCCUCUGGCAUCCCUCUGGCAUCGUCCCUGUGUGUUUUAAGCAUGCAGGCGUCCAGCCUCUGUUCAAAAUCAUAACCUUGAUUUUUAAAUAUUUAAAUAGUUUAAAUUUAAAUAGUAAUCUCUAAAUUACCAUUUGUUUCUGGAAAAUUGGAGAAUAUGGUUUUUUCAUAAAUGCAACCAUUUAAAAAUACCAUCAAGAUCAUUCAUCCAUCUCUGUUAAGAUUUAAAGCCCUCCACAACACUGAAGCAGCUGUUUUAAAGCUGACAAAUGAUCUGAUACUCGCUGUUGACUGUGGGAAAAAUGCCAUCUUGGUUGUACUUGAUCUCAGUGUUGCCUUCAAUACUAUGGACCGUGACAUCCUUUUGAAAAGCCUCAAACUAAAUUGGUUGAAAUGGGACAUUCUCAGUGGCUAUGGGCCAGUUUUCCUCUCACCCAUGGGGUCGCUCAGGGAUCCAUCCUGGGGCCAGUUCUAUUUUGCCUGUAUAUGCCCCCUCUUGAAAACACUACUAGAAAAUAUAACAUCUACUGUCACUUUUACACAAAUGAUUCUCAGCUGUACCUCCAACUAAAGUCUAGGGA